GGGAGGGUUUUAUUUUUUGUUUAACUUUUGUUCUUUUUGUUCAAUAUUAAAAUAAAUACAUUUUCAAAAAGCUGUUAGGCCUCCAAAGACAACAUGCUUUUAAUAAUAAGGAAGGCCAAUGGACUUUAAGUACAUUUAAGAGGGUUUCAUGUUUUAAAAAAAAAAACUUUAUUAUUUGGUUUGGUGGCACAGUACAUGUCAUGUGGUGAACUAGUAUUCAUAAUAGUUUUACAUCAGUUUAGUGUCACUUUGUUGAAAAAAAAAAAAAUCUGAAAUAAAGCAUAAUAGGAAAUAGCACUGACUCCUAAAACAAAAUUCCUGUAUCAAAAUACCUAUGAAAUCAAUAUUAAAAAUUCAAUCCAAAAUGCAGAAACAAUUUACGCACAAUAUUUUUCAGACAGAUCAAACACUGAAUUAACAAAAUAACUCCAUUGUUCUCUAUUUUUAUUUAUCUAAUCAUAACUACGGCAUCAUUUAAACAAGCUUUGGCCCUUUUUAACAUAAUGGUCGCUAGAACAGUUAUGGAAGGAAGCUCAAAAGUGAUCACCACUGUUUCCAGAAGUAAAAAUCCUCUUCAUUUUCCCCAUAGACUGUCUGAAAAAAAUCUAAUAAAAAUAAAGGUUUGAAAGCUUGCUCAGGGCUAAUUAGCUAUGUACUGACCACAAGACCUAUACUUUUAUGUAAAAUCUGUUACUGAAACUUUAUAAACCUUUAAAUUAUUAAAAUAGCUGAAUCUUGCAUUAAAAAAAACAAACAUCAGAAUUAACAAGUAGACACAACUAAGUACAUUUUUCUUGUCAAAUCUUAUGAAUACAAUGUUGUGAAGUAGGUUUUAGUGAAAAAGUUAUUUAUAGUUUAUAGGCCACAAUGCCACAAUCUGGAUUCAUAAAAUUACAUGUGUGAUUCAUUAACUAAAGCAUGUAUAGAAACAUAUGUAUAAAAAUAGGCUAUACUUUCUGCUCCUGUUACACUCAAAGUUCAAAUUUUAUGACACAAUAAAAACAUAAACCUCAAGCUAUUAAUAAUGUACUGGGUUAGCCCCAUGAGCAAGUUCACAAACAGGAAACAAACACACAAGCAAUGAUGAGAAUAGUAUUCAUUGAGUUGGUUAGUACUACAUUUACUUGAGUAAUAUUUUAAAGAAAUUUGACUUUUCAGAAUAAUUUUACUCCGGCUUGAGUAAUAUUUUUUGAAGAAGAAGUACUUUUACUUGAGUAAAAAUUUUGGUUCCUCUUCCCGCUGUGUUCAAGUGACUAAAGCUUUAUGUUGACAAUAUGAAAUUUUUUCAACAUUUGUGUUUCUUGCACCGCUCCUUCAGAUGUGGUUUAGUUUUUCUCACAGUUUUUUGUGUCUGUCUUUAGAAAAUACCAGAUCUUAUAGCUUUUAAAAACUGUAAAUAAAAAUGUUUCUAUUCUGAAAGAAGCAGCAUUAAAGGAUUACUGACAUUCCUUCUUCUGCAUGUCCCGACAUCACAGUUUUAGAUUACAUAUUUCAUUUCGUGGAAUCUUAAGAAGUCUUAUUGGAAACUUGGAUUAGACAAGACGGCUCAGUGUUGGGGUAUUUGGAAACUUGAAGUUUCAUUUGUAUCUAAAUCAUAGUUACAAAUGAGUUUUGUAUUUAAAUCAUAGUUUUACUAACCACAUUUUUGUGAGUUUGUGAACUCACAAAUAUUACAAAAAUCCAUUUUGAUGACCAAGGUUAGAGUUUUACAUCAGUCAAGUGAUAGUUUGUGAAGGGAAUUGGAGAAAACGAAUAGAAACAUGUAGCAAAAGGAGAACUGAGUGAUAAAAAGGAAUCCUCUAUUAUAUCCAUGAUUCAUAUUUUAUUUCAUUUUAUUUCCCAAAAUGUAGUAACACUUUAACACAAGGAGCACAUUUCUCUCUCUAACAAAUUAAACAUAUAUAAUAAAAAUAAGGAAGUUUGUUAUAUUUUAUUUGUCAAAAUUGGUUUUAUCCAAGAAUUGUUUUUUGUUUUUUUUCCUGGACGCUGAGCGGCUGUGACUGCAGAUACAAUAACACUAAAUGCUGCCAUCUAGUGGACAUUAUAAUAAUCAGCUAAGUUGCAGCUAUUAGAGGGAAGAAGUUAACAGAAGAACAGUAAAAUUGCGACUACAUUGAGUAUAUUUUAAAUAAUGUACCGGCCAAAUAACCCACGCUUUAACGCCCCACCUGGCGCUAACAGAAGAAAGUCUUUCGAGCCCAGACACAGCUGGAGGGCACCAGAAGAUUUCAAAAGGAAUGUACCACCGCCACCACACGGUCAAAGCAAAGACGCAGGCAAAUCUAAUCAACCUCAAGCUCCGACACUACCAUCAGCUCUUAAAAAAACAUUUGGCCCAGAGGUUAACAAAUGGAAAUCGUCAUUCACAGUGGUCGGUGAAGAUGACAAAGACACAAAAACCAGCAGUGACAAAGGAAGCUCUCCAGACAAACCCAGGUCUCACUUGUACGACCCCUACGAAUCCAUAAAGUCUGACUCCGAUGACCACCCAUCCCCAGAACCUCCAGAGGAACUCCAGACGUCUUGUGGCCGCUGGGACAUCGAUGCCAGUGCUUGGAGGCACAUGUUAAGUUCAGGAGCUUCACUAGACUCUGAACCUACGGAGAGAGCCAGAUACAACUCUGGAAAUAGAACAACAGAACACAGGGUGGAAGACUACAGACCAGAGAUUGUCACUACGGUUCGAUUAUCACCGCCCCCACUUCUGCCACACCAGCAACCACCACCCCCAAUUCCACCACCACAAAAACUACCCCAACAGCAACCACCCCAACAGCUACCGUCAGAACGUGACUACAAAGAGUCAUCUGGGUUUUCAGGCCCUGAUCUGCUGCCACCUCCUCGACCAGAAGUGAAGGACCCUGGCAAAAAUGAAUUACUAACUGAUAAAAACCUGAUCAGCUGUGACCUCUGUGAGGUGGAGGUGUCGAAUGGGCAGGAACUGGAGGAGCACCUGGACAGUAAAACACACUGGGACACUCUGGAGUUCAUCCAGAAACACAACAACUAUGACGACAUGGCCAUAGCCUUCCUCCAGGAUGUGAUGCUGUACAAAAGCCGGAAGUGUAGUCGUGCAAUGGAAGAAACUGCACUUCAAGCUCUGCAGGAGUACGAUCACAUGACCAAGGUGGAAAUGUUCCACUGUGCAGCCUGUAACGCUUUUGUCCCCACGUCUGCCUCCGCUGUCCAGAGUCACAUCACCACACAAGGACAUAUCGAUAACACAAAGGAGUUCAAAGAUCGACAGAGACGGUUGUGUCUGGAUAAAGCCAACACAAUGAUGAAGGAGCUCACCCCACAGUUUCAGUCUUUUAUAAAGGGUGUAAGUCCAUUUGAAUGACUGGAAACCUAAAGAAGAGUGGAAUCAUUAUCUUAAUUUGUAUAUAUAUUUUUUAAAUAAAACUUUUCUCACUGCA